AUGCAGCAGCAGAGAGCAGACUCUCCUGCACCCAGCUGUGUCUCCAUUAAGAGUGACUGGUCUAUGGGUCAUCCUCCUGUGUUUAAAGAUGGACAACCUGCUGAUGGAAGUCUGUCAGGAUGUCUGAUCACAGAGGAAGGCUGUGCUUCUCUGGCCUCAGCUCUGAACUCCAACCCCUCCCAUCUGAGAGAGCUGGACCUGAGCUACAAUCAUCCAGGAGACUCAGGAGAGAAGCUUCUGUCUGCUGGACUGGAGGAUCCACACUGGAGACUGGACACUCUCAGGAUGGACCAUGGUGGACUGCAGAGACUGAAACCUGGUCUGAGGAAGUAUGCCUGUGAACUGGAACUGGAUCCAAACACAGUGAACAGAAAACUCAAACUGUCUGACAACAACAGGAAGGUGACACGUGGCACAAAGAGGUGUUUAUGA